AUGACUCGAGUUGUCACAAAUGAAUUAACUUUAUUGUCCAGGAGAAAUGAAUAUCUAUUCAGAUUCAAAUCAUGGCAAUGUAUUGAAAGUAAUAUUACUGGUAAAACACUACAAAAAGAUAUAACAAAUCUAUAUAGAAAUGUCCAUAAUCCUUUAUUUGGUAUCGUAGCUUUUCAGACAGAUAGAUUAAAUAAUCAAUUGAGAGACCCAAUAGAGUUUAGUAAUUGUAAUUUGAAAAAUAUUUGGUUGGAAAUUAAUGGUAUAAGGUAUCCAGAAGAAUUAUUAAACUUAGAUUUUAAAAAAGGACUAUUUUAA